AUGCCUCUACGAGAGAUCCUUCAGAAGAAGGAUGAUAUCCAUUACACUACAAACGGCCAGUAUGCGACUGGCAUGUCCGCCCCUAUGAUCCCUCCCGGCCCCGCUGUGCCCGAGAUCAGAUUCGUCGCAUCCGACACCACCACCUCCGACGAAAUCGUCACUAGCCCCGUCGUCUUCGACGAAGAUGACUACGACAGAAGACUCGAUCCCUCGCGCCCUUCCUCAGCUUCCUCGUCCUCACCCCGAAAAUCUAUGAACUUCCUCCGCCGAUUGUCACGAUCUCCAUCCAAUGAAUUCUCGACAGAGGGCGCGACGUUAGCGUCUCCGACGUCCCCGACUGGUCGUCCGCGACGGUUAUCGCAAUUAUUGCAUCUUGACCGGAGCGGUUCAAGGAGCCCGAGUCCCGUCUCGGCUCAUAUACCUGCUGAUUUGCCGCAAAUUGAUGAUGGGAUGGGGGAUGCGCAGGAUCGGGAGGCACAAUGGGAGAAGAGGGCUACGGUGCUGGUUCAGAAUCCGAGGUUUGGGGGUGGGUUGUCGCCAAGUUCGUCAUUUUAUGGUGAUCAGUCGGGGUCGUCGCUCGGGUCGGGGUCUGGGACGAGGUCGAGGAGUUCGAGUCGGGGGGCGGUUGAUUCGAGUGGAGAUGUUGAUAUCCAAGAGGCAAUUCGUCUUCAUGAAGCUGGAGAACUAGAAGCCUCUACUAAAAUGUUCGGCCAACUAGCAGACCCAAACGGCGCCAACCACGCCCUAAGUCAAGUCCUUUACGGCCUCGCCUUACGACACGGUUGGGGCUGCACCCAAGAUCCCUCGCGCGCAAUCACCUAUCUCUCCGCCGCAGCCUCCAACUCCGCAAGCAUAGAAUCCGAAGCCCUGCAAGCUGGUUACAAAAAAGGCGGCGCAGCGAAAGGCGAGCUCGUACUUGCCAUCUUCGAACUGGCGAAUUGCUUCCGUAAUGGUUGGGGCGUGGCUAAGGAUCCUGUCGCGGCGAGACAAUACUUCGAAACGGCGGCGAAUCUGGGGGAUACGGAUGCUAUGAAUGAAUCUGCUUGGUGUUAUUUGGAGGGUUUUGGGGGGAAGAAGGAUAAGUUCGCAGCAGCCAAAUACUACCGCCUCGCUGAAUCGAAAGGAAACAAGCUAGUCGGGAAUUCCUGGUACGUUCAUCUCUCCCCUCCCCUUCCUCUUCUCUCUCCUAGCCCAACCCAUAAUCACCCCUCCCAUUUCUCCCUCCCUAGCCAUGCCCAUGACUCUCAAACCAAUCUUCAGCACCUACCAUUCGCUACACCCUCAUCUUGGAGUGUGAUCUUAGACAAACCCAUCAAUUGGCUCUCAACGCACCAUCCACAAAUCUGCUUAUGCAUCCCCGUCACAAUUUCACAAUUCCUCCGCCAGCCACAACCUAAACCCGAACCCCACCUCAUUAUCCUUGUCGAUCUUCGACCGUAUUGUGUGACCUCCUUCCAGGCUGACAUGUUAUAUUUGAAUUAUGACACAGGAUCUGGAAAGAUAAAUAUGAUCCCAAAUAGUAGCACGGGCUAUGUAUCAUACAUGUGCCAGUGCCGGUCCAUAAUAAUCUAUGGAUCUAUGGAUCUGUCCGAUGACGCCGUGGCGCAGCAGUGUCUUGUGUUAUGUUUGCUAUGCCAUAUCAUGCAUUUGCAUUUAAAUCUAGCAUUAAUAUUAGUUUAG